AUUAAAAAUAAUAUUUUGAUACAGCUCUGCUGUCUCUGCUGGAAUUGUUUUAAACUUAUUAUGUUCUUACCACCAAUUUUCUGCAAUACAGCUUAGGAGGAAUUUGUUCGAUAGCAACAUGUCUGAAGAGUAUCAAGGAUGAAAUUCUCAAGGGUCUUUAUGUCAUGGAUGGAAAUGGAAUCAUUACUGUAUUUUUGAACUCCUGCUAACGUCAUUGACACCCACCUACAGUCCACUAGAAAUAUAAGAGCAGAGAUCAGUUUGUUCACAGAUUACGGGCAGACUAACCAAGAAGGGGCAAGCCAGAGCCAAAUUCACUGACUGCUCAUCUCCAACAUGUGGAAAGUGGUGCUCCUGGGUCUAUACAUAGUGUUGGCUCUGAGAGGAUUGGCAAAGGGUGCUCCUUUCCAACCAGAAGAAAAAUGGAAACCUCUAGAUAACCCGAGAAACAGAGACCUGUUUUUCAGAACGCUCCAGGCUUAUUUUUCGGGCAGGGGGCUUGAUCUCAGGAGGUUCCCAGCUACUGUCACUGUGAACAAGGAAGGACCAAGGCCUCUCAUGUUCUACGCAGAUCCAAUUGCUUCUGCAUUUGCAGAUUACGAAGAAAGGAAAAAUUCUUUUCCAAGUCAUUUCAAAGGCUGAAAGAUGCUGUUGACCAAGGCUGUAGAACUUCACACGAAGUGAUAACCUUCACAGCAAAAUUUUACUGCUUUGACUUUUUAAUUGUUACCUGACAGUUUAAAAUGUUCUUCACUGUCACAGUUCCUACCUAUGGAAUGUGAUGUCAUGCUGUAAUUAGCAUAUAUUCGGUCUCUUGACAAAUGUUUGGCUGUUUGGCUGCUACUCAGCUGUGGGCUGAGUCGGCUGAGCAGAAUUGUGUUUGAGUGUGAAUAAACGAGGAGUGCAAAAGAGUGCUUGCGGUUACCGCUAAGUGUCUUUGUGCAAAACUGAGAAAUAAAUGUUAGCUUUCAAUUUA